AUGGUUGGAGAUGGCCCACAGAAACGAAAGGAUGGGAAUGUGAAGUUUGUCGAGAAGGACUCAGGCCGAGAGGAAAAAUUAAACGGCACAAGCGUUUCAACACCGCCGACCGAGCCGGCGAUCGAAGAGCAGGCCGCAAACGGACAUGAUGAGAACGAAAAUGCCAACGCCGAUGGUCAAAAUGGAUCCUUCGAUGGGAAACACAUGAAUGGCGGGCAUAAAAUUGCGAAUCCCUCCGGGUCACCAGAGCAGGGUCUCGGCAUCCUCAUGGAGCAAUCGCGCGAUGAUUUGAAGAAUGGCCGGCGCAUAUCGGCCGUGGAUAUCUUGGAAGGCCCAAAGUUUACAGCUGCCCUGGCUGAAAUUCCCGACGAUUCGCCUCAACGGUCAACUGAGGAAAAAGAAAAAGUCAUGAAACUAUCCCCUGAGAAGAUCCAAGAGCUUACAUCCUCGCCGGAAUCGAUCCCCUAUCGCGCCGCAAAACCCGGCACGACUUCUGGGAGGCGUGUGAUGUCGGAUAAUCUGUCUAUAAAUAGCCUUUCUGCGAGGACCGAAUUGCCAGAUGCCGUCCUCCAACCUCUCAGCGAGGCACCAGCAUCGGCAGAUGGUCUGCGGAAGAUGCGACUUCCUUCAGAUACUCCCAUCGAGGAUGACUCGGCCUCCGCGAGCCCGGCUCUUCCGCGGCAUACCAAUCACCAAUCUACUCGAAAUCGACCCCAUCCAUCCCGCACGGUUUCUACCCCAGGACCCUCACGGCGCCAAGUACCCUCUACGCCUAGUAAUGACCGACUUGCGCAAACAUGGUCAUCUCGUUCGAAACCAGAUCGACUCGCGCCGGAUCGUGAGUCGAAGGCCUAUCAGAGUGUGUCUCAGAUUCCCGAGUCACCCAUGUCACCUUCUAUGCCGCCAUCUAUUCCCUUACCUCCUGUUUCACUACCUACAUACCUUCAACUCGAACUAGCGUCUGGUCGCCCAUCGCCGUUAUAUAUCCACCGCUCGGCGAGCGACGACUUUCCGUAUGAGUCGUCGCGCGUGAAAAUCGAGAGGCUGAUGAACUUUCUCAUGCUCCCACCGGUGCUGGAGCAGGUGCUGUGCUUUGGAACCCUCGCAUGUCUAGACUCCUGGCUCUAUUCAUUCACUAUACUUCCGCUGCGAUUUGCAAAGGCUCUCUACAUUUUGUGCGAGUCAUGGGCGAUAAAUUUGGAGGCUGAAAUUCGGUUCGUCUGGAAUUUUGUCGUCAACGGGAUUGGACGGGUGUGGCGAAGAAGAACUCAACCGCCCAAGGAUGAUCAGUCUGGAAGACGCGGGAGCGAGUCUGACGAGACUCCUCGCCUACCUCCCGGAUCAAUGCUGGGCCAAGAAACAAGCUCGGUGGACCGAGAUCCCCGGUCUCGGCACUCGGAAUCUUCGAAAAGAAGACAUCGGCCCUCUGAAUCUCGCAGACACCAUCACCGGCGGAGGAAAUCGAUGCCCUCGGCGCUUCUCCCGGAUGACAAGGCCGACAUCCUCACAGGGCUACUCAUGAUCACCACCUGCUGUGUUCUCAUGUAUUUCGAUGCAAGUCGGAUGUAUCAUUGGAUCCGGGGGCAGGCGGCCAUCAAGCUGUACGUCAUUUACAAUGUUUUGGAAGUCAGUGAUCGGCUGCUGGCAGCUGUCGGACAGGAUGUCCUUGAGUGUCUUUUCUCGCGAGAGGCACUCGAGCGCGCCCCCGAUGGACGGAGCAAAAUCAUCCGUCCGUUUUGGUUGUUUCUCUUGGCCCUGGUCUACACGGUGACCCAUGCAACGUCACUGUUCUACCAAGUCAUGACACUGAAUGUGGCGGUGAAUUCUUACUCCAACGCCCUCAUUACGCUUCUUCUGUCCAACCAGUUUGUUGAGAUCAAGUCCACCGUCUUCCGCAAGUUCGAGAAGGAGAACCUCUUCCAACUUACGUGUUCCGACGUUGUGGAACGUUUUCAGCUUUGGCUGAUGCUCACCAUCAUUGCCUCGCGCAACAUCGUGGAGACAGGGGCCUUCAAUUUCAUUGGUACUCUAGGGCUGGGAACCGGAUUUUCCGCCCAUUCCUCUACCAGCACCAACAGCACGCCGGUGUCUACGCCCCCACGCACUGCGUCAUCUAUCCUGCCUCAAUCUUUCACCUUUUUCCCAUCUUCAAUAUUGUCCUCUCUCAGCAGCAUCAAUUCUUUCAUUCCAACACUGGCGCAGGUGCUGGGCCCGUUCAUGGUCGUUCUUGGAUCCGAGAUGCUUGUGGAUUGGCUGAAGCAUGCCUAUAUCAACAAAUUCAAUAACUAUCGCCCCGCCAUGUAUGGACGCUUCCUCGACGUUCUCGCCAAGGAUUAUUAUGCGAAUGCUUUCGGAGACCAAAACCUCACGCGCCGCGUCGGUCUUCCUGUCAUUCCAUUGUCCUGCCUGUUUUUCAGAGUUUCCGUCCAGACAUACCAGAUGUUUCUGGCUGCCCUGAUCCCGCAGCAUCCCUCUUCUACUGCAAUGGAAUCGAAUUCGCUGUCAUCUAUCCAUAGCCACUAUGCGCCAGCUCCGAUCCCGUCUGCGCCACCCUUGACAUUCCAAAACAUCUUACCGGCAUCCGCUGCCCAUUUCAGCGCCUUCUUCCGCACCCUCCUGGAGAACGCCAUUCCUUCCCCAGCCCAGUCGGUGCAGAUAUUUACUGUGGUCUUGUUACUGAUGGGAUUCGUGGCUCUUCUCAUCCUCAAACUGCUGUUGGGCAUGGUUCUACUGGCCUUUUCCCGCUCUCGUUACCGAAAGAUGAAAGGCCUGGAAGCCGAAUCGCCGCAACCGCCGCAUUCAGCCUCCCACAGCAAACUCAACAACGAACCCCCAGUGCCUCGCAGCAGGAACUUUGAUGUGGAGGAAGCCGUCGCGUCGGCGGAUGGGGCAUGGUCGAACUUGGCGAUGAAAAGCGGCGAGGGGCUGCGGUCUGUGAAGGAGAAGGAGGAAAAGGACCAGGGCAAGAAAGGGGACCUGAAUAUUGACCACGUGAAGCGGUAUGAGAUGAUCGCCAAGAAGAUUUGGUAA